CCUUUUCCGCCAUUUGGCCCCGCCCACUCCAAGAUGGCGGCGCCCAGGCGCGCCGGGCGGCGUUAGGCGCUCCCGCGGGGUCCCGAUCGCCCCUGAGGGGUCGCGGGAGCGCUCUCCGGUGCUCUGACCCAGCCAUGGCGGCAGCCGCGGGCGGCGGUGCCGGCGGGGGCCCGCGGGAGCCUCCGCACACGCUGCAGGGGCUGCUGGAGAUGGCGGUGGUGGCCGGCGAGGCGCAGCCCGAGCCCCGCGAGCCGAUGGGCGAGGAGAGGCAGCAGUGGCUCCGCGCCGCCGUGUCCGAGGCUCUGGGCAGCGCCGGCGGCGAUCGGGGCGAGCUCCAGCGGUGCCUGGCCGUGCUGGCCGAGCCCUGCCCGGGCGAGGAGGCGGCCGAGAGGGGCCCGGGGGACACCGCGGCUCACGAGCAGGCCCUGGAGGAGCUGGCCGAGCUGUGCGAGAGCCUGGACAACGCCACGGAUUUCUGCUCCCUGGGGGGCCUGCAGGCCGUGCUGGGGCUGCUGGGGCACCCCUGGCCCCCCCUGCGCUCGGGGGCCGCUCGGGUGCUCGGGGCCUGUGCCCAGAACCUUCCGGGGGCCCAGAGCCGGGCCCUGGCCCUGGGGGCUCUGCCCGCCCUGCUGGGGGCUCUGAGGGGAGACCCCGACCCCAGGGUGCCUCCGGCCGCCCUCUUCGCCAUCUCAUGCCUGGUGCGGGCCCAGCCCGAGGGGCUGCAGCAGCUCGAGGCUCUGGGGGGGCUGGAGGUGCUGGGGGGGUCCCUGCAGAGCCCCCACCCCCCCCUGCGGGCCAGGGCGGCGUUCCUGCUGCACUGCCUGCUGAAAGAGCACCCCAGGCUGAAAGAGCCGCUGCUGGGUUUGGGUUUGGUUCCCCGGGUGGUGGCGCUGCUGCGCUCGGAGCACGACGGGGCCCACGAGCACGGCCUGGGCACGCUCUGCAGUUUGGCCUCGGGCUGCCCCGGGGCCGUGCGGGAGCUGCGGGCGCCGGCGCUGGGGCUGGAGGAGCUGCUCAGGGAGCGGCGGCGGCGCCUGCGGGGACGGGACGAGUUCCAGGAGGAGCUGGAAUUCUGCGAGCGCCUCCUGCAGCUCUGCUUCGAGACCCCCCCUGAAGAAGCCACCAUGGACCGGUGACCCCAAAACGCCCCAAAAUUACCCCAAAAAUCCCCCCCAAAAAAACCCCAAAAUCUGUGACACCCCCCCCACCAAGGCCAGGGGGGAAUAAACGCUCCAGGCCUGA